GGGGGGUGUUAUUCUGCCUCCUUCAUAUCCUGUUUUCCAAAUUAGAUUCCUAGGAGGACAGGACCACAUGCUAUCUUAACUAGAAGGGUGUUGUGCCAGAGUAAUCAUUCAAUAAUUGAUGGUUGAAUGGUUGGAUGAAUUUGAGCUAAAUGCUGAAUGAAAGUGCCUCCAUUUCCAAGUUGUAGUUUUCUGCAGAGGAUUCCUUCACGUUACUGAGCUUAUACAUCAGAAUAAUUUCAUGAAGUACAUUGUAAUCGGGAAUAGAACUCAUCAAUAUGCUAGAACUUAUCUCAGUGUCCAAAAAGGUAUUACUUCUGCCUGUUUAGAUCAAUACACGUGCUCCCAAAGCUGUUGUCAUUUCUCCAGGAUCACCCGCUUCUCCCAUUGUUUGCGUAAAUGUUUUGCUCCCUGAAGAGUCCCUGGAGUGUCUGGCAGGAUGAGUCCAGCAAAAUCAUCUUCCUGUUUAGUCAUGUUUUUGGGAACAGAAAUCAGCAUUCAUUUGUCAGUAGUACAUGGUUCCCGUAGGUUGCUUUCCAUUCUCUCAGCAUCUUAAAUUUAAAAAGAAAAAGAAAAACAAUACACGAAUACAAAGGAAAAUGGUGUUGCCCGUUCUCACCCCAGUAUGGAACUUGAAUAGUGUCUUGAUUUGAUUGUUAUUUAGAAGCAACCUUCUUAUGUUCCCAAUCAAAAAGUUCUUUCCUUUCUAAAAAGGAGGAAAUAAUAGCUUUUGGAUAUCUCUCACAAUAUUGUCACACUUCCUGAACUCCAUAUUUUAAAAUUCAAUGAGUCAAUAAGGGAGCAUUUUGUAAGCACCGUGCUUGAUAAAACACAUCUAAGACACAAACCUCACCUGAAAGAGGCUGAAAAUCUAGUGGAAAUCUAUGCAAACCUGGAAGGAAAGAAGCCUUUAUACAAAGAGUAGAUUUAAUUGAACCUUUUCUAUGCCACGGAAACAUUUGCAUCUAAUGAUCAUAAUGUUAUUUUAGCUGUAAUAGCCUCAAUUUGCUGUGCAACGAGUUGAAAAGAUAGCAUGGAUAUGUAACAAUCCUCUAUGAUUUUUUAAAUAUUUUAACCAAGACUUAAUUUUCUUACCAAUUUUAAUAUUUUUCCAAAGUGAAAUCAAUAAGGAAAACCAAUACGGUUGAAUUUCACCUUCUCCUGUUUAACCUUUCCCGUAAUGCCAAGUGACAAUUCCUUUGAUUCACACAGACUCUCACUUCGAUCCAAAAUCCUCCUGAAUACUUCAUCUCUUAAAUCUCCAGUUUCACUUAUAUUUAAGUGCCCAACUUGUAUGAAUGCGGCUGAUUUUUUUCAAGUAGGCUCGAUUAAACUUUCCGAGUGGCCACACUUAUCUGGAUUACACUAGAAGAUUCUCUUCUAAUGAUCCUCAUUUCAGCCCCUACUUCCCCAGCCAUCAGCAACUAGGUGGCUUGGGUGUGAGUUUUAACUGCUUAUCUGAGUUUCUUUUAUGCUUUUCGUGACAAGAGGUAAGAGCAAUGAAAAAUAUGAACAAUAAAAUGAAAAAAGAGUAUUAUUGCCGUCCUGGCGUUGCAGCCUCAAAAACUUUAGAUGUAAAGAUACCUUAGGGGCGCCUGGGUGGCUCAUUCAGUUAAGCAUCUGACUCUUGAUUUCGGCUCAGGUCAUGAUCUCACAGUUUUGUGGGUUUGAGCCCCAAAUUGGGCUCUGUGUGGAUGCCGUGGAGCCUGCUUGGGAUUCUCCCUCUCCCCUCCCCUGCUAGUGCUCUCUCUGUCUCUCUCAAAAUAAGUAAAUAAACUUAAAAAAAAAAAAAAGAGAUAUCUUGCCCAUGUCGGGGGCUUCUCCCCAUUUCAUUGCCUCAGAAAGAGGAGACACUGCCUCUCCCUGUUGUUACUACUGAAAACGUGCGAAUGAACUGUUUUGCCCGGACAGCGCUGUUCUAUGAUGGUGGGUUGUGAGACCCUGACAGAUGCGUUUUUGUUAAGUUGAACUUGAGAGUCCCAAUUUACUGCCUCAAUUAGAACUGUGCCUUCCAAGUUCCUGCUUGACUUGUAUGUGCAAGAUGCAUUCAAAGCAAUAAGCUUUUGAAUUUGUACAUUCUCAAUGCCUUGAGCGCUCACCCUAGGCCCUGAUCAUUUGCAUUUUUGCAAUGAACACCUGUUGUAAGUGACUCGGGCCUGCAGGGGCAGCGCACCAGCUUCCUUCAGCUUAGACGGGGACUGUCAGAGCCUGGGAUACACUGAGAAGUGGAGGACUCCUCACCAAGUGUGGUAGCAGCUGGAGCAGGUUUGUUCCUUGCCGGUGCUCCUCUCACUGACCUGGUUUCCUCCGAGGAGAAACGGAAGGUCUGUAGUAGGUAUCUUCACUGAGGGACACGGCCAACUUCUAGAGUUCUGUAUGCCCUUUUUCUUGUGACCGCACAGGUCCACCAGUUCUUCCCAUUCCAUCUUCCUCUUGCUCUUCCAUUCCCUUUUUGAGUGACCAGCUGGGGACCCCUGCACCCCCAACCCCCCUUGUUUGAGCCUUGGUUCUCGUUCACGAGAAAAGCUUUUAUGUUUUGGGCCAGGCCCUGUGCUAAUACCCUCAACAGCCCAAUGAGGUGCUGUUAUUGUGUAGUUGUUACAGGGAAGUAUUUUUAAAAGGUGGCAGAUGGUCCCAAGGAAGACAAGACAAGCGUGAGUUUGCUGGCAGGGGGGAGGAUGCCUCUGUUGUCUCAUGAGGAAAUUUAGGAUUGUGGAAAACGGUUUUUCCCUGAAGGUUCUGAUGAUUCCCUAAGUCACUUGCUAGUUUUGAACUUAUUGUGUUUUGGUCAAAAAUGCCUGUCAUUUAUCUCUUACCACAGUAAUUGAAGCAGAGAAAUCUCUCCCAACCGAAAGUCUCCCAGAAGUUGGAUCACGUUUUAGGGCAGUUCGUGGCCUCCGGGUUGUAAAGAUACUUAUAACAGGAUGCUAGGGUGGGAAGACCGUGUGUGAGACCAUUUCAGGCAAGGCUAUUAUUAAAGCAAAGCUUACAACCAGGCAGGCCAUGGUUGAGUAUGAAUUGGGGCCUGAACAGUCUGGAUAAUUGGAUCUUCUCUCCAGUUGUAUUGUGCCAGUGGAGACUAGACCAAAAAUAGAGGCUAUUUCUCAUCAGUGUUUCCUCUCUGCCACAGGACUGCUAAGAGGGACCUCUUGUUGGCUCUUUCUGUGGCAGAGUGCCUUGAAAGUCUUCUUGGGUGACACCUCUAGUACGGCCUCAAUCCGUUUGCUGAAACCAGGCCGAGUUGCUGAACUUCCUCAUCAAUACUGAUGACUUCAACUGUGGAGGCACAUUACCAAGAACAUUACUGAUGGGGCAAUGUCAUCCCGGGGUGGGGAAUCACCCGUGCAUUUCCAUGGGUUUAGACCUUCGAUCUGAAAAUAGGGAGCCUUUCAUCAAUGACUUGAAGAAUGGAAUAAAAGAAUCAUAGGUAUUAAGAUUCCAAAUGGCCUUAAAGCAACUGUAGGGGUUUGUCCUGCAGCUUGGAAUUAGGUCCAAGUUUAAAGCUGCCUUGGGGCGCCUGGCUGGCUCAGUUGGAAGAGGAUGCAACUCUUGAUCUCAGUCUCCCGGGUGAGUUCGAGCCCCACAUUGGGUGUGGAGAUUACUUAAACAAAUAAACUGAAAAAAAUUGCCUUGAUGGCAUUGGUCAUCAAGAUCACAUAGGAGCCCAAGGCCACCUUGAUGUAAACUCACUGAUGAAUUUAAGUGCAAAAUGUUGCAGUCUGUGAAAAGCUGGCUAAAUUUGAGAUUCGGGAGAUGCAGAAAGCCUGGAAUCUACAUGAUUUAACAAAACAAUGACUUUGCUGUUGAAAAAUUUGUAACAAACAUAGCAAUUCAUUCCUACAUCUCUCAAGGUAAUUAGUUUCAUAGAUUAAAAGGGUCUAUUCUGCUGCUCCCUGCCUUUAUUCCUGCCUCUCUACUCUCACAAAUCCUCAUUGGACUAUCCAAAGCACAGGUAGUCUUGUUAUGAGUUACAGUAAUAAACCAUUGCUAGUACAUUCCUCCCCUACCCUCAGAUCCAGUAGUUGUGGUAUUUGGGGGGGUUGCUAGGAUCCUGUAGCAAAACCAGGGACAGGUAUCAUUUGCUGCAUUUGGGAGUGCUUUACUAAUUUUGUGAUGCCUCUUGGCACCAAGAGAUUAGGCAAUUUGAGUCUCUUUCCCAGUUCAAAGAAAGACACUUUUCCAAAGAUGUAUAUUAUUAAGGUGCCCUUUCAACUCUGUAACCCUCUGUGCAACCGUCUUGAUCACUCUUUUGUGUCUCCAUUGCCCACACCUUAUGGCCUGUGGUCUGGUUAAAUGCUUCAUCUCACUGACUCUAUCUAGAAAACAGAAGAGAAGGGCUUGGUCCCAGCACUAACCGACUGUGCCCAAUCACAAAAAUUAACUAAGAAUGCUCUAAGCCAAUGAGCUGGAUCACCACUCUUCAUAGAUAGGAACUACCCCAAGAACCAUCAGGGGAACAGAAAGAGUAGGUGUUUAAGCCAAGUCAGGAAUAAAAUUUCUGCUGACUGCAAGUCUCUGCCACUUUGGCUGGGUGAAAUGAUUUUUCCCGGAAGGUUUCAGUGAUUGCCUAAAGCACUUGCUAGUUUUGCUAAUGUGGUUUGACCUCACUGGGGCUCUCAUCACAAAUGCCUGUCAUUUAUCUCAUGCUACACAUAGCUGAGGCAGAGAAUUUAUUCCCAGCACCAAGAAUCUCCUAGAAAUUGGAUAAUCACCCCUUUGGUUCAAUCCAAUUUCAUUUGAUUGUCCCCUGGUUUAAGCCUCCUCUACGAAUAAAUAUAGCAUUGAUCUGGUGGUCGGUUUGUGUAAUUGGCAAUUGUUCUUCCCCUCUUCCAGAUCAUUUGUUUGUCUCACAUGGUUUACAAUGGCUGGAUUUGUCAAAGGUAUUCCCAUUGGGCCUUCUAGAUUUCUGCAGGCCAUGAUCUGAUCCCCAGGGUUUCUUUAUUUCCUCCCUUCUGCAAUCUGUGAGUCACUGUAUGUGUCUUAGCCAUGGGCCAGCCUGCCAUCCUUAUUCCAAAAUUGGAAUGUGAGUUGCUGCCUUGCUUGCACCAGAUUUUGUUAGGAGCAGGGAGACCUGUUUGCUUUCACUUGCAGCGAAGAGUUUUGAGUGUGACAUUCCGUAGUACACAUUAGCUAUGGCCUUGACAUUUCUUAUAUUUGAUGGGUAUUUGCAGAGUAUGACUCAGGAAUGAUUGCGGUAUUGUAACUGUAUUACUUAUGUAGAGAUGUGUGUGUGUGUCUAUGUAAUUUAACACUGUAAAUAUCAGCAUAGGGUGUGAGCUGUUCCGUGGCUUUCAUUUUGAUGAAUACAUAAGUGAACGAAUGACUGAAUGAUGUUGCACUGUUAGAUUUUUCUCCUUAGUAUGUAGCUAGUAACUUCACAUUUCCAUUGUCUUCCCAACAGUCGUCCCAUCCUCUCUGAUGGCAAAAAGCAGUAAUGCAUUUGGUGCAGGGUUUGGGGCCAUUCCAGCCCUAGGGACCAUUGUUGACUGGUCUUAGGCCUAUUGCCCCAGCGUUAGAUACCCAAAAGGGCACACUGGUUUAGGUACCACUGAGAAAAAGUGCGGAAAAACCUUGACAGAACUAUACAUCAACAUGUAACAAAACAUGUAACAUGUACAUCAAGGUGUAUUUUACUUCAGAGCUCUUACAGCAUGCAGAAUAUGCAUCUUACAAUGCGGGAAAUAUGGUGAGUUGGUUCAGAGUGAAGCUCAGAACUUUUGUUUGAUACUUUGGGGAAGAGACACCCCCCCUUCUCAAGUACAAGUGAGGAAGUAGUGUUCUGGCCACCAACAUCCUAUGACUCUGAGGAGGGCUGCCCCAGAUGUGGCCAGUUGAAAAGAAACUGGGUUCUAGGAGCUCCUGGGUGGCUCAGGUGGUUAAGCAUCUGACUUUGGCUCAGGUCACUAUCUCACAGUCCAUGGGUUCCAGCCCCGCAUCAGACUCUGUGCUGACAGCUCAGAGCCUGGAGCCUGCUUUGGAUUCUGUGUCUCCGUCUCUCUCUGCUCUUCCCCUGCUCACGCUCUGUUUCUCUUUCUCAAAAAUGAACACACAUUAAAAAAGAAAGAAAGAAAGAAGGAAGGAAGGAAACUGGGUUCCUGACACUGUCCUGUCUUGGCAGUGAGUUCUGCAGUUAUGUGUAUUAGGACAUUUUCUUUAUUAUUGAAGCCAGUUCCAGUUGGUUUGUUUUUUAAUUUGGAACCUAAAGCAUCCUGUGUCAAGUAUGACUUUUAAUAAAGGAUACUGAGCUCAAGAGGACGGACCAUACACUGGGCAGCAAUUAGAAUCAUAAAGAAAGAAACCCAAAGUGUAACACAGUGUAGGAUGUGAAAGAAAGAAUGACCUGUACAUGGAGCAAAAUAUCCCUUCUGUGUCCUCACUUUUGCCUCGAUUCUCUGAUCACACCUGGCUCCUGUUCUUGAGUCCACUUGCAGGCCUUUUCAUUAGAAUUCCAGAGGAGUUUUCCAGGGAAAGUACAUAAAAAAGUAAAUGGGAAUUAUCCAGUUUGGGAGAAAAAAAAACAAACAAACCCAAAACAAAAGAAGUAACAGAGAAGCAGGAUAGCAAGUGGUUGAAAGUUUAGGGCUAGCAUUAGGUCCUGAUUUCAAAUCAUGACUCUGUUGCUCACUCCUGAGCCACCUCACUGGCUCCUCCUUGUCUUCUCUCAUCUGCCAAAUGGGUCCAACCCUUGGCACUGUUAAGAGACUUAAACAAGGUUGAUGCAUGUAAAGAUGUUAAUGAAUGCCUUACAGAUGCUAAUUUUUUUUUUUUUUUUUUGAGACAGAGAGAGACAGAGCAUGAACGGGGGAGGGUCAGAGAGAGAGAGGGAGACACAGAAUCUGAAACAGGCUCCAGGCUCUGAGUGCUGACCACUGACGCGGGGCUUGAACUCACAGACCGCGAGAUCAUGACCUGAGCUGAAGUCGGACGCUUAACUGACUGAGCCACCCAGGCGCCCCCAGAUGCUAAUUUUUAAUACUGGCAAAACUUAGAAAUCAUUUUCAAUUAUAUACAGUAUCCAAAAGAGAUUGUAAUCCAGUGGCCUUAGCCUCAUGAGUAUGUAAGAAUAAAUAAAGACAACUCUUCAGCCAGUAAUAGCUGCUAGGCCUCAAGAUAGAUAAUAGACCAGUAAGGUUCUUCAUUGUCUAGAUUCAGUAAAGUCCUCUCUGGAGUUGUCGCAGCACAAUGUUUGGAACAGAAGGCUUGACUUUGCCUCCCUCUCCCAUGGGCUCAUGUCUUUGGGGUUCUUCCGUUCUUUCAGGUACAGACUUCAGUAGCUUUAUUUUUGCCUGGUUGUCCAGUAACCUCCACUUCAGUGCCUCUUUUCUUUUGCUUUUUGUUAUUUUUUAAUGUUUGUUUAUUUUGAGGGAGAGAGCAACAGAGUGUGAGCGGGGGAGGGGCAGAGAGAGAGGGAGACACAGAAUCUGAAGCAGGCUCCGGGCUCCGAGCUGUCAGCACAGAGCCUGAGGAGGGGCUCGAAUUCACAAACCACCAGAUCCGAGGUUGGAUGCUUAAUGGACUGAGCCACCCAAGCACCUCUCAGUGCCCCCUUUCUAAUUCAUACUUACUCUAUCCAUUUCCUCCCUUUGUUGAAAGAAACAACUUCUGUGUUCCCAUCCAUUGCUAUGAAUAAGGAAAUCAUUGUUCAAAAACAUUGGGUUUUGUGUAAAUGUAUUUUAAGAUGUGAUGUUUCAAAGAAAAGGAUUGUGGUCUGAAUCACAGACUAGAGCUGUCUAAUUUUGUGGGUAUUGCUUAAGAAGGAGGUCAGGUUUGGGGCGCCUGGGUAGCUCAGUUGGUUAUGUGUCCAACUUCUGCUCAGGGUCACGAUCUUGUGGUUCGUGGGUUCUGGCCCCACGUCGGGCUCUGUGCUGACAUCUUGGAGGCUGGAGCCUGCUUCAGAUUCUGUGUCUCCCUUCCUCUCUGCCCCUCCCCUGCUCACUCUCUGUCUCUCAAAAAUGAAUAAACAUUAAAAAAAAACACUAAGGUAUCUUAAUAGUAGAUACUAAAAAAAAAAGCCAGUUUUAAGUCCAUCUCCAGGUAUGGGUGUAUCUAGGGCUUUGCUGCUGAAAGUGUUGACCUCGAUGUAGCCAGGACAUCACAUGGGAGCCUGUUAGAAAUACAAAAUCCCAGCACCCCUCCCCCACCUGCGAACCAGAAUCCCUACAUUCACGGGUACUUCAAAUGACCUUGACACUGGAGGAACUCUGCUCUCAGAAGCAGAGUGGAUGAGGGUAGAGAACGGACUGUGAGGCUCAUCUUCUGAUUGGAAGAAGGCCUUUGUGUGACUUUAUGCUAAGUGUUCAUUCUUUGUUUCUGUCUUUUGUAUUAUUCUCCUUUGUCAUGAAGAGAGAAAGCUACUCAUUUAUUAAGAAAGAAACUACUUCAGAGACCAGCCGUGAUAAGGGAUGCCCUAUAGCACUAGGGAAUAUGCAAUCAAACAUGGCCUCUGCCAGAGAAAGCUCAAAGGCUGUAAGGAUGGCAGUUAAUGAAUUCCACUCAAGUCUUCAGGAGAAUCAGGAUUAGAUCCAGCAGCAGUUGGCAAUGCUAAAAGAUUCCUCUGUACCCUAAGAUGAAAGGGGCUCAGGGGAAACAGACCCUGGUCACAGCUCAAGGGGGUGAGCGCAAAGAGUCAGGUCCCGGGAGGGGCUGCGAGCUAGGAGUCAGGCUUGAACUAGAGAUCUGGACUGAGUGGUUUCCACUGGACUCUAGUCAGCCCAGAGUUGAAGAGUUGGCAGAGAGAAAAGGUCAAAGUCAAGAGAGAGGGUUAUGCAAGUGGCAUAGGAAAGAGCAAAGAAAAAGAUUGAAAGUCCAAAGCAAUAAUCAGAAACCAGAAGUGCCCUGGGAGUUGGAGAGGUAGGCAGAAAGGAAAAUAGGAGAUCUGGGACAUCAGCCCUUUGGACACUUUGCUGUUGGUGAGUGCUGGACAUUGAGAUUUGCCAGGAAUCUAAGGUUAUUACGAAAUGGGGGCUCCUGGCUGGAGCGAGGAGAGAGGGUCAUGGAGGGAGACAGGUAGUGACCAGGAGCUGUUGACCCAGGCAGACUUCUGUGCUGUGAGCAGCUGGGCAGGAAGGAUGAAGUCCACGAGGUCGAAGAUGCUCAAGUGAGAAAGGUUCAUGGAGGAGCCCUGGUUUCUCCACUAUGCCAGGCCAAGGAGCAAAGAGUUCCUGAAGGAUUGUUGGGGGCAGGAAAACAACGGAAGGGCAGCCCAGGUCAAAGAGGCGACAGGAGUGAGGCAAACAAGGCUGUUGACUGGCAUGCCGAGAUCUGCCUGUUGGCUCUCUGUGCUCUUUCAUAGAGCCUGAUGGGCACAGAUGACCCUGAGCAUAAAUCACAGCACAAAGGAGGGCAGAGGCUUGCGAAGAAUGCAAGCCACAGGACGAAGUCUUCAGGCUGGCCACCUCCCUCGGGAACCUGGGGCUUGAACCAGGUACCCCCCUAUGGAUGGGAGAUGACUGCGAACCGGGAUGGCCGGGACUGCUUCAUCAAUCACAUGACGCAGGCCAUCCCCUUUGACGACCCUCGGUUGGAGAGCUACCAAAUCGUCCCUCCGGCCCCACGGAGUGUGGAGAUGAGGAGGGACCCCGUGCUGGGGUUUGGUUUCGUGGCGGGGAGUGAAAAGCCAGUAGUCGUUCGCUCUGUAACACCAGGUGGCCCCUCCGAAGGCAAGCUGAUUCCGGGAGAUCAGAUUGUAAUGAUUAAUGAUGAGCCCGUCAGCGCUGCGCCGAGGGAGCGCGUCAUCGACCUGGUCAGAAGCUGCAAAGAAUCAAUCCUCCUCACUGUCAUUCAGCCUUACCCUUCUCCCAAAUCAGCAUUUAUUAGUGCUGCAAAAAAGGCAAGAUUAAAGUCCAAUCCAGUCAAAGUGCGAUUCUCCGAGGAGGUCAUCAUCAAUGGCCAAGUGUCGGAAACUGUUAAGGAUAAUUCACUUCUUUUUAUGCCAAAUGUUUUGAAAGUGUAUCUGGAAAAUGGGCAGACCAAAUCAUUUCGCUUUGACUGCAGCACCUCCAUAAAGGAUGUCAUCUUAACUCUUCAAGAGAAGCUCUCCAUCAAAGGCAUCGAACACUUCUCUCUCAUGCUAGAGCAGAGGACGGAAGGGGCCGGAACCAAGCUGCUGUUGCUUCAUGAACAGGAGACUCUAACUCAGGUGACACAGCGGCCCAGCUCCCAUAAGAUGAGGUGUCUUUUCCGCAUUAGCUUUGUCCCGAAGGAUCCAAUUGACCUUUUACGGAGAGAUCCAGUUGCAUUCGAGUAUCUCUACGUUCAGAGUUGUAACGACGUGGUUCAGGAGCGAUUUGGGCCGGAGCUGAAAUACGACAUAGCCCUGCGGCUGGCAGCCUUGCAAAUGUACAUCGCAACCGUCACCACCAAGCAAACACAGAAAAUCUCCCUCAAAUACAUCGAAAAAGAAUGGGGAUUAGAGACUUUUCUUCCCUCUGCUGUGCUGCAAAGCAUGAAAGAGAAGAACAUAAAGAAAGCACUUUCACACCUUGUCAAAGCAAAUCAAAACUUGGUACCACCGGGUAAAAAGCUCUCUGCACUGCAAGCCAAGGUCCAUUAUCUCAAGUUCCUCAGUGAUCUUCGACUGUACGGGGGUCGUGUGUUCAAGGCAACAUUAGUGCAGGCAGAAAAGCGCUCAGAAGUGACUCUUCUGGUGGGGCCCCGAUAUGGCAUAAGCCAUGUCAUAAACACCAAAACCAAUCUGGUGGCUCUUUUAGCUGACUUCAGCCACGUCAACAGGAUCGAGAUGUUUACCGAGGAAGAAAGCUUGGUGAGGGUAGAGCUCCAUGUGUUGGAUGUGAAGCCCAUCACGCUGCUGAUGGAAUCAUCAGAUGCCAUGAACCUGGCCUGCUUAACUGCUGGCUACUACCGGCUACUUGUGGAUUCCAGGAGGUCAAUAUUUAACAUGGCCAAUAAGAAAAACACAGGGACCCAGGAAACAGGAACUGAAAAUAAAGGAAAGCAUAACCUCCUUGGCCCAGAUUGGAACUGUAUACCCCAGAUGACCACCUUUAUUGGCGAAGGGGAACAAGAAGCCCAGAUCACAUAUAUAGAUUCAAAACAGAAAACGGUUGAUAUUACAGAUGGCACCUUGUGUCCCAAAGAUCACCGGCACCUGUAUCUAGACAACACCUAUAACCCAGAUGAACUCAACCAGCCACUGACCCAGCCGGGAGAUGCUCCGUGUGAGGCAGACUAUAGAAGUCUCACUCAGCGGUCCCUGUUGACCCUCUCAGGACCAGACGCUCUGAAGAAAGCACAGGAGUCUCCGAGAGGAGCUAAAGUGUCCUUUAUUUUCGGAGAUCUUGCCUUGGAUGACGGUAGGAAUCCCCCGACUCUUGGCUACGAAAGACUAUUGGAGGAGAGCCCAGAACUGCUGGAGAAGCAGAGGAAUCUCUACAUCAGCGGUGCCAACGAUAUGAAGGGCCUGGAUCUCGCCCCGGAUGCGGAGAGCAUCCAGUUUGUGGCAAAUUCUGUUUAUGCAAACAUAGGUGACGUGAAACACUUUGAGGCCGCCGAGGGGAUAGAGGAACCCCUCCUGCACGACAUCUGUUACGCAGAGAACACCGAUGACGCGGAGGAUGAGGACGAGGUGAGCUGUGAGGAGGACCUCGUGGUAGGAGCGAUGAGCCAGCCGGCCAUCCUCAACCUGUCUGGGUCCAGUGAUGACAUCAUUGACCUCACGUCCCUGCCCCCUCCAGAAGGGGAUGACAACGAGGAUGACUUCCUGUUGCGUUCCUUGAACAUGGCCAUCGCCGCGCCCCCACCUGGCUUCAGAGAUAGUUCAGACGAGGAGGACUCUCAGAGCCAGGCCGCCUCCUUCCUCGAGGACAAGGAGCCAGGCAGGAGUCUGCAAAAUGACGAGAUCCCUGUGUCCCUCAUUGACGCUGUGCCCACCAGCGCCGAGGGGAAGUGUGAGAAGGGCCUGGGUAACACCGUGGUUUCCACACUCGAAGCUCUAGAAGCUCUGUCCGUGUCAGAGGAACAGCAGACCAGUGACAAUUCAGGUGUAGCCAUCUUGCGGGCUUAUAGUCCCGAGUCUUCGUCAGACUCGGGCAAUGAGACUAACUCUUCCGAAAUGACUGAGAGCUCUGAACUGGCCACAGCGCAGAAGCAGUCAGAAAGCCUCUCCCGCAUGUUCUUGGCUGCUCACGAAGGCUACCACCCCCUUGCAGAAGAGCAGACAGAGUUCCCCACCUCCAAACCCCCCGCUGGGGGCUUGCCUCCCAAGUCCUCGCACGCCCUGGCCGCCCGUCCGGUGACUGACCUCCCGCCCAAAGUUGUGCCUUCCAAGCAGAUACUUCACCCAGACCCCAUGGAGAUGGAGCCCGAAACCAUGGAGACCAAGUCGGUCACUGACUAUUUCAGCAAACUGCACAUGGGGUCGGUGGUAUACUCGUGCACCAGCAAAAGGAAAAGCAAGCUGGCCGACGGGGAGGGGAAGGCACCCCCUAGUGGGAACAUGCCAGGGAAGAAACAGCAGGGGACCAAAACAGCUGAGGCAGAGGAGGACGCCAAAGGUAAAUUUGGUACUGUGUCUGCAAGGGACAGUCAACAACACCUAAGCACUUUUAACCUGGAAAGAACUGCCUUUCGCAAGGACAGCCAAAGAUGGUACGUGGCCACCGAGGGGGCAGUGGCUGAGAAAAGUGGAUUGGAAGCGGCAACCGGGAUAACAUUUCCAAGAGCUUCCGGUCUGGGGACGAGGGAGGUGGAAGAGAAGGAUGAAGGGGCUCCUGAUGGAGAAGCCGGUGAGGUUUCAGGACUUGGCCAGCGGGACCACUUCUUAACGGACGUGACCUGUGUAUCUUCAGCCAAAGACUUAGACGACCCAGGGGAUACUGACCCGUCUACCUGUGACCAUCCUUCCAAGCUUCCUGAGGCGGAGGAGAGCGUGGCCCGCCUUUGUGACUACCACCUGGCCAAGCGGAUGUCAUCAUUACCAAGCGAGUGCCAUUUUUCUCUACAGAGCUCUCAAGGCUCUUCGGUGGACGCAGGCUGUGGCACAGGCAGUAGCAGCAGCACCUGUCCCACACCUGUGGAGUCCCCCCUCUGCCCCUCCAUGGGGAAGCACCUGAUUCCCGAGACUGCGGGGAAAGGCAUGGGUUAUGUUCCUGCGGAGGAGAGAGCCGCUGGGCUUCCCAACCAUGGCGCCACCUUCAAGGAAUUGCACCCACAGGCAGAAGGGAUGUGUCCGCGGAUGACAGUGCCCGCUCUGCACACAGCUAUUAAUGCGGAACCCCUGUUUGGCACUUUGAGAGAUGGAUGUCAUCGGCUCCCCAAGAUUAAGGAAACCACAGCUUUGACAGAGCCUGGGAAGGAGAGACGAGGAGGCAUGCCUUCAGCUUGGUCUCAACAUCCUGAAGCUGAUCCCAUCCUGCUACCAUCCAACAUUCACUCGGAAUCAAAGGUGCCAAUUCCAAAUCAAGACCCUAAUGAUUUCUCCCAAGCAAAUCUGGCAUACGGAGAGGCUGUGAACUGGCGGCCACUGGAUCUGAGAGGGGGGAGCCUCGGAACACCCCCCAGCCAGAGGGCUCUGAGACGUAGCAGCAGUAUCCUCUCGGGAUCUGUAGGUUUGGAGACCUUCCAGGAGAGAACCAAGGGUGCGGUCAGCUUAAAGUGUCCAGGUAUCACAGAAGCACAGGAGGCCAGUUCAGAAAGGCGAGCAGAACUCCCCCUGGGGAAGAAGCUCACCAAAAGUUUUUCCCAAAGCUCGAUGUUCUUUAGCUCUGAGGGAAAAGUUCACAGAAGGUCCCCGGUGGCUCACAAAGACUCAAAGCUGUAUAGGACAUUACCCUUGCGCAAGCUGGAAGGCAGCAAUUGGAGAUGCCGGGGACCUUUCAGCUACUGCUUCCUGAACCGAGGGCAGGAGGAAGACGGUGAUGAGGAUGAAGAGGAGGGAGAGGCCACCCGCCGGGUCUCUUGCCUCUUUCGACCACAGAUGACUCAAGCCAUGCCAGAACCAAUCAGCCCACCCCGGGCUGUUGGCAUUCAGAAGCAAGGAGGGGAGCUGACCAGAGGUUCAGUGCUAAAGGUCUGGGCGGAAGAUCUGAGUGGCCCAGAUGAUGCGGACUUCAGCAACCUGGCCUUUGAUGCCCGGAUUGCAAGAAUAAAUGCCCUAAAAGAGAGCACAUAUGCAAUGCCUGAUGGGUUCCUCGCAGCCCAAAAUGAUGCCAAUGAGCUGCUCUGCCUCGUCAGGGCAACGAAGGGAAAGAGAGAGGAGUCACGCCCUGAGGCAUAUGACCUUACGCUUUCUCAGUACAAGCAACUGUUAUCCAUCGAGUCCAGACAGUUGGGAAGUGCCUGUAGGAAAAUGGCUAUGGCCGAGAAAAGCCCAGAGGAGAUGCUUCUAGCUAUGACCUCCAGCUUUCAAGUGCUCUGUUGCCUAACGGAAGCUUGCAUGCGAUUAGUUAAAGUCGUGAACUCAGAAACGCAGCGGCAGGAAAUCGUAGCGAAGAUCAAUGAAGUGGUCAUAAACUACAUUUGUCUCCUGAAAGCUGCAGAGGCAGCCACUGGAAAGACCACUGGGGAUCCUAAUGUUGGACUCUCGGCGCGACAUUCAACCACCAUGGCCGCCCUCGUAAGCACACUAACACGUUCUCUCAAGAUGCUUUUAAAUAAAUAAAAUAUGAAAGUCACAUCAUAAUCUACCUUUGCAAAGCCAUACAUGAACUUUUAUUUACUUUAUGUGUACGAUGAACAGAUGUCUCCUUUCUUCUCUCUGUAUAUUUUGUUAUUUUAUAUAAAAUAGGAGAUAAAAGUCACAUUGAUGAAAUGUUGAAAUGUACUAAUCAGAUGUAUUCUGUUUAUAUUAUACAUAUAUAUACGUAAAAGAAAUAUACAAGAAAGUGAUGACAUUUGGCUAUUUUUCGUAUAGUUGAAACUCCAGGUAUAUGAUGUGAAAUUUUAAACUCUCAGCAAAACCGUGUUAGAGCAGAACAAUGAAUCCUCUCCCCUUUCCUUCCAAGCAGAUACUUGGAGACCAUAUCAUUCAUACUUAGAAGUUAAAAAGAGAGAGAGAAAGAAAGAAAGAGAGAGAGAGAAGGAAAGAGAGAAAGAAAGAAAGA